GAGAAGCGUCGUUUUCGCAGCAUCGUAGAAGAGAAGAAAGAAAGAAAGGGGUUAUUCAUUUUCCUGCAACAAUCGACGAUAAUGGGGUACGUGCUUAGAGUGAGAUUAGCGUCUUUCUUCACCGGUGCUGCAACGGCGUCGUUUGCAGGUCUCUACAUCCUUCAUAGGGAUUACAAACUCGCGCAUCAAUCCCUUACUCAACAGGCGAAUGGUCUCUACCAAUCACUAGACAGCCGAAUUUCUUCCUUGGAAAAACUGAAACAAACUGAAACUUCACAACAAGCGGAAGCUACAGAACAGGCAGAAGCUACAGCAUAAGUUUGGGGAUUGAGGUAUCCACUGUAGUUAAUUGUUGUCGUGAAAAUUUAUUGAAUGUACUCACUGUGACCAUGACUUUUCACUUUUUACACUUGUAAGGCUUAAGUUCUAUUUCACUCAUUUUAUGGCAUCUCAUCUGGCUCAACUUUCUCACCAUAAGUCUUCGGAAUAGUUAUGUAUCCAGAUGUAUUUUUGGAUUAUUUUUAGCUCGGAGCACUUAUAGCUUUUAUCACCAUCUUGUUCGGUGAUUAUUGAAUAUUUGGGAUUUGAAGCUGGCUGUGUUUCUAUUUAGUUACUGCAUAUGGCUUGAAAAUAAAAUGACUACUCUAACGCACAA